CAGUGACGUCACUGAGUGGUGAAGAUUUCCGACGGUCCAUGAAGUCAGUGUGCGCGUUGCGCCGCCGGGUUCCGGUUCUGUUCAGCGUUAAACCGGUUUCGUCUUUUCGGUCUGAUCCAGUUCACUGUCGACAGAACUUUUCUGAUGAUCGUGAUUUCCGGGAUGAACGCGCUGUUUCGGCGCUGCGGGGCGCUGCGGGUCGAAACCUGGAGAGCGUUCCAUUUGCUGGGUCCUGUGGCGACCUUUGACCUGGGCAAAGUGGAGCUGAUGCCUCUGGACCAGCGGAAGUUGACCUUUGACUCCCACACGUUGGUGACGGAGCUGCAGAGUAGCGGAUUUGAGAAGCGGCAGGCGGAGCUCAUCGUGUCUGCUCUGGUCACGCUGUCCACGGCAAACGUGGACAUUGUCUACAGAGACAUGGUGACCAAAUCCCAUCAGGCCAUCGCUCUGCAGCGGAUCACUGCUCACCUGGACUCCAUCAAGAAGGACAUGCUGAUCCUGGAGAAGAGUGAGUUUGCCAGCCUCCGCUCUGAGAACGAGAAAAUAAAGCGAGAACUGGAGCAGCUAAAAAUCCAGCUGAAGGAGGAGUGUCAGAAAGUCCGAGCAGAAGCAAAACUGGACAUCAACCUGGAGAAAAGCAGGAUCUCAGACAUGUUCACUGAACAGGGGAAGAAGUUGAUGGAGGCCACUUCAGAGUUUCACCAAAAGAAAGUCGACAUUGAACACAACAACAUGGAAAUCCACAAAAAGAUUGACCUGAAGGUGGCGUCACUCAAAACCAUCCUGGAGUCACUGAAACUAGAUACGGUCCGAUACCUCGCAGCAACGGUCUUCGCAUGUCUGGCGAUCUCUCUGGGUGUCUACCGGCUGUGGAGAUGAAGAACGUCCAUCACAACACAGAUGUAUAUGUUGAAAAGAAAAUGUCUUUAGUUUGAAAUAAAGGUUAUCUCUUACUAACAU